UUUCUUGAACUGGUUUGAACUUCAUUGUUUUCUUCCAGCACUGAAGCUGGUCUGAAAGUCAGAACUGAUUCAACUGAAAUUAUAUUUAUGUCUGAUCAUCUAUCAAAUGAAAACAGUUGAAGGCUACAUUUAUGUUUCAUAUUCAGCAGAAAUUUUUAUCCAAAGUGACAUAUGAGUGAGGCAGAAUAUAAUCGAAGAAUUUAUUCAGCAGGGAAUGGUAAAUGUAAGUUUGGUUUACGUUUUGUCAUGAUAAAUUCUUUUUAGGCAUGUUGGGGCAUGUCUCAAAGUUUCCUUUCUCAUUAAUGCCUCAAAGUUUCGAUUUUGGGUUUCAGACUUCACCUAACUUCAAAGGACAAUUUCAGACAUUUAUAGACAUCACAAUAAGUCCAAGCCACAAAGUGUUAAGAGAAAAGUUUCAAGAUGAAUAAAAAGGGCUUAAUUGAUCAUUCUGGCACAACACUGUUGAAACUGUUAUGUGUGUUAUCUCCAGGAUUGCCGUGAUCAUACAUUGUAUACCCUUUUUAUUGAAAGGUGGCAGUGACUAGCCAUCACUCUGCAUCGUUUUGUCUUCAGCUCUUUGUGAGCUUUACUUUUUAUGGAGUUUUGUGGGCAUCAUUAAUAGCAAAUUAACUGUGUUGUGAACAGGCUUGGUAAUUUCUUACGUGUAAUUUGCAUUGACCAAGAUACACGUGUGAGUAUGGAGUACAGUUUUUUAGUUUAGUUUGGCAUAUGCAAAUAUUUGCAUACAAUUUCACUGAAAGAUUCAUAAAUGAGGCCUUAUAAGUACACAAUAGGCACACAGUCUCUAAGAGUAUCAGUCUCUGACUGUACCACUGGGGUCUUGAUGCCCAAAGACACGUUAUUAGUCAAACAACAAAGCCGAGCUGGUUUGCAGAUCAACCGAUGGGUUCAGCCUUGGUUCAAUCAUUUAUACAGUUCUAAAAUACUGAUCUCAGUCCCCAUUUUUCAUUUAGUCACCCCAUUUAUUUCUGAAAUCCUGAGCCUACCCUCCCUUACUUCUUUUUAAUGUUGGCAUGGUAAAACCAAAUCUCUCUCUUUUUUUUUUUUUUUUUUAUAAAAAAAGGAUUACUCUCCAAAAUGGUUACAUACAUCCCCAUCACAGACAGGUACCAGUAUACUGAUUAACAUUUAGUUACAUUCUUAAGCACAAGUUCUGGUGGAUUAACUAAUUUCUUUGAUUAUAACUAGUGUCUUAAUCACCUUAUACAUUAGUUAUACAUGAGUUGGUUAUUCACUGAUUGAUUAAAAUAUUCCAUAUUGUUGUUUACAGUUUGCCAGGACCCCUCUACCCUGUCAAUCAUUGAACAGAUAUUAUUUGAGAGGUUGGUUAUUCUCAGCACAGAAAUAACACAGAAGUAUGGUAGUGUGUAAGAGUGUGACACUGGUACCAGAUAUAUUAAAUGUAUUAGGUGUAUUCUUGUUAUAUAAAAAGUGAAAUGUUAUUUCAAGCACAAUUUAUGUUAAUCAUUCUUUCAUUUUCAACAGUGUCUGGUUUUGUCCACAAUACUUUAUUUAUUUAUUUAUUUAUUUAUUUAUUUAUUUUAUUCUCAAAUAAGAUUAAUAAAAAUCAAGAGCAGAAAAAAGAGGAUGUCAAAGAAAUAAACGGAUGAAAAUAAAAUAUUGAUGUGAUCAUCUCUUUGCUUUUAAAGGAAAAAUAUAUCUGUUUAUUCAGAAGCAAAGCAGUCUUCAUUUGGACAGGAUGGAAGGUAUAUCAGCAAGUUUCACAAGCAAAUGAGGACGCAGUAAGUCAGCAGAAGAGGUGGAGCUGUGUCGGUUUGAAUUUCUUUUUAUCCAUCGACUGUUUCAUCAGUAAAGCAGGUUUGAAAACUGCAUCUGACUCAUUCAUUUGGUGGUGGAGAAAAAGCUGGAACAUUUGUUGUUUCUACACUGAGGAGAGAAAACAAGAGGUGAUAAUGGCUAGUAAUGACAGAAUAUGGAAAAAUGGCACAAGUUCCAGACACUGUGAAUACAAAUACUGUGAAAGGAAGCAUGUGAGAUUAACCGAUAUAAAAGAGGACUUCAAUAAUGACCGCUACCUGGGGAAGAAAAACAUUCCCAGUUAUCCUGACUGUAUCUUCAAUGUGGCCAAUGUUUGCCAUGUAACUGACAAGCGUGGUCUUCAUGGAAUCUUCGAAGAGGAAGGAUUCAAAGGGCAUGAUAACUUCCUGUGGUGGAGCCUUUCAGUGACUGAUGAUGACAUUGCCUGUGCUAAGACCAAUGACUUCGACUCCCCCCAAAAAAACUUGAAAAAGUUCACCACUUCACCUGCAUUCCGGAGUGAAUCCCGUUAUGGCAACUUCCGCUUCACUUUUAAUCUAAAAGAGCUCCUGAGGAUAUACAGCAAGGAGUACUGCCACAGAACUGCUCCGAUUCUGCGUGUGUUAGACACACGACUCUACAAGCAAGAGAUUGUCUAUUCAGUUUUGGUGCAUCCACGAUAUAUGACGCACUAUAGGAAAUACCCUCGCCUACCCUUUGAUGAUAAACAUUUGUGUGGAUACAGCCAAGGGCAUAUGUCCUGGUGCUGCCAGUCUCCUUCAGAUAACUAUAAACACAGCCAGGAGGUGAAUGAUGAGGAAGGUGAAUAUUUUAGAUGGGAUCAUGUAGUCGUGGCCUUCCACAUGAAGCGGGGUUGGGUACUGCCUGUAAAUCACAGUAGGCUCUUUGAAAAAUUGCGUGCAUGCGAGGUGGAUUCAGUAAAUCUGUUAAGAGAGCCACAAAAAAAAAUGUCUCUCCGUGAGGCUGAGGCAGAAAUCGAGACAUUGAAAAAUAUCUAUUUUUGAUCAGAAGUGUUUGUUCUUGCUUCUAUAAUUUCACAAACGUUUUGUAAUUCUGACAAAUACACCCAGACCACUUGAUUAAAAUCAGAAGGUAUGUCUGAAUGAAACUAAUAUGCCACAGCACUGUUAUAUUCUCAAUUCUGAUUGGUCAGAAGGUGCUGAUUAAUUUCUAUAACAACAAUUCUGACAGUAGUACAGGCUGCACUAUAUAAAAUGACAUGUUUAUAUUAAUAUGUUCUUGUGAUACAUAGAAUUGUUGAUAUGGUGACACUUUCUGCAAGUUUAUUGAACAUUUAUGGAAGGAGAUUCAGUAUCAGCACUGUUAUAAUGUUAUACUGUUUAGUAAUUUUUGUUGCCGCAGAUGAUAUGGGAGAAGACUAUCUGAUCUCCUAAUGAUGUCCAUAAGAUGGUUGUGAAACACCAUGAAGCCUGCUGUUGAAGCUCUGCCUUUCAUUAUAUUGAAUAUGUAAAACCUGCAUAAAUGCUUUCAUAUAUUCAUAACAUAUACAGUAUAUCAGCUAGCAUUUCAUUGUUACUUUGUUCAAUGUUUUUGAUAACAUGGUAGUUUUUGCAUCUUUAAAAGUACAUUUGUUCUUUUUUUAUUGCUCUGUUUGUUUUUUGCCCAUUCACCCUCAAAAAUGCAAUAAAAGUAAUGAUGGGAUUCUUUUGUUUUCAUCUCCAUUCUGAAAACUGCAUAUUGG